AUGCAUAUCAAAGACAUGCUAUCUGAGGCCGAGCGGUCAGGCCAAACUACCUUCUCCUUCGAAUUUUUCCCGCCCAAGACCGCCCAAGGAGUCCAAAACCUUUACGACCGAAUGGAUCGCAUGCAUGGCCUCGGGCCCUCCUUCAUCGACAUUACCUGGGGCGCUGGUGGCCGCCUCGCCCAGCUAACCUGCGAGAUGGUCAGCGUAGCUCAAUCGCAGUACGGGCUCGAGACCUGCAUGCACUUGACGUGCACCGACAUGGGGCAGGAGAUGGUUGACGCGGCGCUCAGAGACGCGUAUAAAGCCGGCUGCACGAAUAUACUGGCGUUGCGAGGCGAUCCGCCGAGAGAGAAGGAGAAGUGGGUUGCCACGGAGGGGGGUUUCCAGUAUGCAAAGGAUCUGGUAAAGCAUAUUCGCGACACGUACGGCAAUCACUUUGAUAUUGGGGUGGCGGGGUACCCUGAGGGCUGUGAUGACCAGGACGAUCCCGAGCUCUUGCUGGAGCAUCUGAAGCAGAAGGUUGAUGCGGGGGCAACGUUCAUUGUGACGCAGAUGUUUUACGAUGCGGAGAAUUUCAUCGAGUGGCUGGGUAAGGUGCGGGCGAAGGGCAUUACGGUUCCAAUCGUGCCAGGUAUCAUGCCGAUCAACACGUACGCCAGCUUUCUGAGGCGAUGCAGUCAUAUGGGGUGUAGGAUCCCUCCCGAGUGGAGCGCGGCGUUGGAGGUGGUCAAGAAUGAUGAUUCCGCUGUACGAAAUAUCGGUACCGGGUUGGUAGCUGAGAUGUGCCGCAAGCUUCUUGCAGCGGGAAUCCAUCACCUGCAUUUCUACACUAUGAACUUGGCCCAGGCUACUCGCAUGCUGUUAGAUGAGCUGAAACUCACGCCAUCCGAGCAACGCCCAUUCAAGCACGCCUUGCCAUGGAGACAAUCCCUCAGUCUGGGACGUCGCGAUGAAGACGUUCGUCCCAUUUUCUGGAAGAACCGCAACAAAUCCUAUGUUACCCGAACUCAGGACUGGGACGAGUUCCCCAACGGCCGAUGGGGUGACUCUCGCUCCCCUGCUUUCGGAGAACUGGACGCUUAUGGCAUUGGACUGAAGGGCACCAACGAGCAGAACCGCAAGCUUUGGGGCGAGCCGAAGUCCAUCAAGGAUAUUGCCGAUAUAUUCGUCAAGUACCUCGAGAACGGCGUAGAGAGUCUGCCGUGGAGUGAAGCCCCCAUCACGAACGAAGCCGAUUCCAUCAAGUCUGAUCUCAUCAAUCUCAAUAAGCGAGGCAUGCUUACGAUCAACUCUCAGCCAGCAGUCGAUGGUGUGAAGUCAUCAGACCCAGUUUACGGAUGGGGUCCUAGCAAUGGAUACGUGUACCAGAAAGCCUACCUUGAGCUUCUGGUCUCACCUACCUUGAUGCCUCAGCUCAUCUCCCGAAUCGAGCUCGAUCCUGACCUGACCUACUACGCCGUGAAUCGCCUUGGGGAGCUGAAGACCAAUGCUCCUAGUGAUGGACCCAAUGCUGUGACAUGGGGCGUCUUUCCCGGCAAGGAAAUCGUACAGCCAACUAUCGUCGAGGCGAUCAGUUUCCUAGCUUGGAAGGACGAGGCCUUCCGCUUGGGGAAGGACUGGGCGCAUUGUUAUUCUGCAUUGAGUCCUAGCCGUCAGCUUAUCGACAGUCUGAUGGAUUCGUGGUAUCUGGUCAAUAUUGUGCACAACGACUUCCACCAAACUCAUGGCCUCUUCCCGCUCUUCGACGGCAUGGAAGUAAAAGAUAUCGAUAUUCCCUUCGAACCUUUGCCCGAAACAAAAGGACUUGUCACAGAAACAAACGGCAUCAAUGGCAGCGCUCCGACUGAAAAGGAAAACAUCACUCUCACCAGCGCCCCAACUGAGACGGAGAAUGUUACUCUCACAAACGGCUCUGUUGCAAAAUAA